AUGAUCGAAGGCUACGGACCGGUGAUGCAGGCCUUCUUGGGCACCCUCUUCACGUGGGGCAUGACUGCUGCAGGAGCUGCCGUUUGCAUAUUCGUGCGGGGCUCGCAGAGGAAAAUAUUGGACGCUAGUCUGGGCUUCGCGGCUGGCGUCAUGACGGCUGCCUCUUUCUGGUCGUUACUUUCGCCAGCCAUCGAGCAAGCCAGCGAAUCCAAGCUCUACGGCCAGAAGGGCGAAUACGCUUUCGUCCCUGUCGCGGCCGGUUUCCUCUUGGGGGCCCUGUUCGUUUACGGCGCCGAUAAACUCAUCACCGUCCUCGGCGUCAGCUCGCCCAACAUGAUGUUAGCUUUACAUGCCACCGGUAGUAGACGGGAUAGUAGAAGGAGUAGUGCGCGCAGAGAAUCGCACUAUUUACCCGAAAGUACUGCCAUUGAGGGAUUCGCAGAAGCAGGAGGAACGAUGGUGCAUCAGCGUAAAGGGGUAGGUAUAAAAUCUGUAAAAAUACAGAGAAAUACUGAAGGCAAAGUUCAUGCGCAGAGCAUCGACGACGAGGAAGGUUGUAACAUAGAAGAAAUUCAAAAAGGCCAAUGGAAGAGGAUCAUACUGUUGGUAGUAGCCAUUACAGUCCACAACAUUCCCGAGGGAUUAGCCGUCGGAGUUGGUUUCGGCGCAACCGGUACAGCUGUGGCCUCGUCCCUGGAGAAAGCCAGAAACCUUGCCUUUGGAAUCGGAAUUCAAAAUUUCCCCGAAGGUUUAGCGGUGAGUCUUCCGCUUCAAGCAGCCGGUUUCUCGACAUGGAAAAGCUUGUGGUACGGCCAACUCAGCGGUAUGGUGGAGCCAAUUUUCGGUGUUCUGGGCGCUCUAGCUGUGAGUCUAGCUGAGCCUGCUCUUCCUUAUGCCUUAGCUUUCGCCGCUGGAGCUAUGAUUUAUGUCGUAGUGGAUGAUAUCAUCCCCGAAGCCAAUACAGAAGGUAACGGAAAAUUGGCCACUUGGGGAGCGGUCAUCGGAUUCUUAGUUAUGAUGACUCUAGACGUAGGACUCGGAUAA